AUGAAUACAGUACCUUCACAGAAUAAGAACCAAAAUUGCUUGCCAGAAUGUUUCAAUAAUUUUCAAAAUUGUAGAAUAACAUUAGAUUGUACUGAAAUUUCAUGCGAUAUUCCUAAAUCCCUUUUGGAUCAAAAGCUCACAUAUAGUUCUUAUAAGAAUAAAAAUACAUUGAAAGGGCUUAUUGGAGUGGCUCCUAAUGGUCUUAUUACUUAUUCUAGUAAAUUGUAUCCUGGAUCCACUUCUGAUAAAAAAAUUGUAGGCCACUGUGGAGUAUUAAAUAUAUUACAACCAGGUGAUUUAGUGUUAGCUGAUAAAGGCUUCCUAAUUUCAGACUUAAUGCCUCCAGAAACUUCCUUAAACAUUCAACCUUUUCUUAUGUCUCCGCAAUUCACUCCAAGUGAAGUUCUGAAAACAAAGAGCAUAGCUAGAGCCAGAAUUCAUGUUGAAAGGGUGAUGAUUAGGCUGAAGAAGUUUAAGAUUUUAACACACAUACCAAAAGCGCUUUAUACAAAGUCAUCAUUAGUAUUUCAACUAUGUGCUGCAUUAGUAAAUUUCCAAAAUCCAAUAAUAAAAGAAGUUGAGCAUCUGUUUGUAAAUAAUGACAAGACAUAA